AAAUUUGCUAAAUAAGCGAAUGCACCUUUUGUUCUAAUCUCUGCUCUUCGGCGGGCUAGAGACUAACCCUUAUUUUAAUCAAAGCUGGGGAUCUAAAGCAUUCUGCAAUACUCGGGGAUAGGCUCGCUCAGCCUGUUAUUUCCGACUCAUGAAUUCAGGCUGGAUUUCCAGAGUCUUUCCUCAUGCUACCGCUUUAAGAGGGUGGAGAGAGAUUGAGACUCGGCGCCGCCCCGUGUUUCGACCUUUUUUUGGAGGUGUCAAAAGCUCGCGCGGGGAGGAAAGUCGGAGCGACUGUGCAUUUCUUUUGCGUGUAUUUGGUGCUACGGCCACGCAAGAUCCUGGGAGCAUCAUGGGCAAGAACAGCAGCAACCUGGCCCCGGUCCACGGAGGGAAAAGGGUUUUUGUCAUCGGAGUGGGUAUGACCAAGUUUGAAAAGCCUGGCCGUCGUGAAAAUUUUGAUUAUCCAGAUAUGGCAAAGGAAGCAGGUCAAAAGGCUCUUGCUGAUGCAGGCAUUCCGUACUCAUCCAUAGAGCAGGCAUGUGUAGGCUAUGUUUAUGGUGACUCAACCUCUGGGCAGAGGGCUAUUUAUCACAGUUUGGGUCUAACAGGUAUCCCUAUUAUAAACGUUAACAACAAUUGUGCUACUGGUUCAACAGCUUUGUUUCUAGCAGGACAAGUAAUAAAAGGAGGUUUGGCUAACUGUGUAUUGGCUCUUGGAUUUGAAAAGAUGGCACCAGGGUCCCUUUCAGCCGGUCAUUUUUCUGAUAGAGUGAAUCCAACAGACAAGCAUUUGGAAGUUAUGAUAAAUAAAUAUGGCCUAGAAACAGCCCCAUUUGCUCCACAAAUUUUUGGAAAUGCUGGCAAAGAACACAUGGAGAAAUAUGGGACAAAGCUUGAACACUUUGCAAAAAUUGCCUGGAAGAAUCAUAAGCAUUCAGUGAACAAUUCAAAUUCCCAGUUUCAAAAAGAGUACAGUUUAGAUGAAGUCUUACAAUCUCGCAAGGUUUUUGACUUCUUGACUGUCUUACAGUGUUGUCCAACAUCUGAUGGUGCAGCAGCUGUAGUUCUUGCUAGUGAAGAAUUUGUGAAGAAGAACGGAUUGGAGUCGAAAUCUGUCGAAAUUUUGGCCCAAGAGAUGAGGACUGAUUUUCCGAGCUCAUUUGAAGAAAACAGCUGCAUUAAAAUGGUUGGUUAUGAUAUGACAAAGGAAGCUGCCAAAAAAUGUUUUUCACAAACUGGCCUAACACCAGAAGAUGUGGACGUGAUUGAACUUCAUGACUGUUUCUCUGCUAAUGAAUUAAUUACAUAUGAAGCUCUGGGACUCUGUCCUGAAGGAGGAGCUGGUGAGCUGAUUGAUAGAGGAGACACAACAUAUGGUGGAAAAUGGGUUAUAAAUCCCAGUGGUGGUUUGAUUUCAAAAGGACACCCACUGGGUGCUACAGGUCUGGCUCAGUGUGCUGAACUUUGCUGGCAUCUAAGAGGAGAAGCCGGAAAGAGGCAGGUUCCCGGGGCAAAGCUAGCUUUGCAGCAUAAUUUCGGCCUUGGUGGUGCAGUUGUAGUCUCUCUCUACAGAAUGGGCUUUCCAGAAGCUGCACGGAAUCGGAGUAUCCAGGCCAUUCCUACUAGAGCAAUGGUUGAUGGAUUUAAAUCAUCACUUGUAUUCAAAGAAAUUGAAAAGAAACUUCAAGAGGAAGGAGAAGAGUAUGUCAAGAAAAUUGGCGGCAUUUUUGCCUUUAAAGUAAAAGAUGGUCCUGAGGGGAAAGAAGCUACUUGGGUAGUUGAUGUGAAAAAUGGUAAAGGCUGUGUGGAUAAUAACACCGAUAAGAAAGCCGACUGUACAAUUGCAAUGAGUGAUGAAGAUUUGCUGUCACUGAUGACGGGAAAGAUGAAUCCUCAGACCGCUUUCUUUCAAGGGAAGUUGAAAAUUUCUGGGAAUAUGGGCAUGGCUAUGAAGCUACAGAAUCUACAGCUCCAACCAGGAAAAGCUAAGCUUUGAGCCACUCUGACUUGGCCACUCUGACUUCGAGAUGGAAACUUGGAAAACAAGUUCCUUAAGAACUAGGCUGGAACUAGAUGUUGGAAGUAGCAUGUUCUCCAAAUACAUGUAUUUGACUUUAGCUUUCUUGAAGCAUUUGUUUAAUUGAAAUUUUGGCAUUGCCUUCCAUAAAAUCAUUACAAAGUUGGUAAAAUAUUAACAUUAAAGUAUCCAAGACUAUGUGGUAUGUAAUAGACUGAUGCAAAUCCAUCCAAAAUUACUUUUCAAAGUGCAAAAUGAGAGUUCAAUUGGCCGUAUUUUUUUGUACAAUUUUUAACACUAAGAACAGCAGCAGGAAAGAAAAUGUGGUUUGUUGGCAAAAAUGUCUCCACAGUUUCAUUUUUAUUCUUUUAUAUUUGUCAUAGCUGAUUAAGAAAUACCCUUGUAUUUUGGCUGGAAUCUACUGAGUCAUUUUAGACAAGGACAAGUAGAAGGGUUUUUUCCCCCCCCUUUGGCUGAUAUAUACAUAUAUUUGUAUAUAAAACCCGCUGACAUAACACAAAUGGCUAUACACAACCCAUUUUUUUUCCAAAGGUGAUUUGGAAUUGUCAGGGAAGUAUUGAAGUCCAAAGUUCCCACAGUUGCAUAGAAUUAAGUAUACUUUUCUUUGGAUGUUACUAUCUAAAACAAUUUGCUGCUUCCUAACUUGCAAGGAUUGGAUUAGAAAUCAAUUUGUUUGCAUUAAUGGAGCUGAAUAAGACAGCACUAGUUGUAAUUAAUAUUAUUGUAGUGCUUUUCUGCAUAUUUAUAAAGACAAUGAUAAAUACUUUUUAAACACUUAAUUGGUUUAAUUAUGAUAUACUUAGAUAAGGAAACUGAUAAUUCUUUAAUAAAUUCCUUUAUAAUAUGCUAUUUUUUUAAUCCAUUCUGGUUGGAGGUAAUGUAUUCUGUUCUGCAACUUUCUUAGUAAAUUUAAAUCAAAUCUUC